AUGAAAUUUUUCGAACUGAUGAUAUGGGCCGGCCUGAUUGGCUUAUUCCCUGCAGGCCUUACUAUUGACAUUCCGGGCUACUGUGAUCACCACACGACCAUUACCAGCCAGUACGAAGAAUACUUCGAGAUCGAUGCUUUGGGCAAUAACCGCUCCGAGAAGGUUGUAGUCGAUUUUGUUUUGUACGUACAGCUUUCCAAUAUGCAGGAGGAAAUUGCUUUACUUCUGUCCGCUAGUAACCGCUCAAUGCAACAUCCGGACUACGAAAAAACCUACGAAAUCCGAAUCAGUAACGUUUACACGGUCAUCUACAAAGAAACGCUUCGAAUGUCGGCACACCACAGCCAUUCGUUUAACUUCUUCCCGGCGGAACAUUUUCAAAUACAUAUCAAAAUUACGCGCAAAGGAUUAAUCACCGUUCAAAUCGACGGCUUAGCUAAGCCGAUCCUCUCGGUGGUAGAUGAACAUCCGGCUAUCGAUGUACACUUCAUCAGUUUCGGAUCACGAAUGAAUGCCUACCCGAUCACCUGGUACUUCCACUGUCGCGAUCCACCGACCACUCCACUGGCACUGACGGCCAAGCCGGCGGACGAUGAAGGCGAUGGUCACUUCAGUCAGAACGAUGCCGCUGAACUGGACGAAAACAAGUGUCCGGUCUGCCCGAAGCCAGCUAAAUGUGAAGUUGUAGUCCGCGCUUGUUCCGACACGGCCCAGGAUUUGAGCCAGAUGACCGACGCCGAGAAGCAAAAGUACUUUUUCUACUUUAAUGUGUACCUCAGCAAAAACGGAAAGAACGCCAAGGCUAUCGCUUCUGAUUUUAACAAUAUAGCCAGCACGAAUAAACUGGAUUAG